UUGCGCAGAGAGAGAGAGAGAGAGAGAGAGAGAGAGCGAGAGAGAAAUGCGGAUCUUGCCUACUUCUCCUGACAUCAACAUUUGUGUGUGAACUUCCUGUCUGGAAUGUCCGAUCGCUUUAUGUGCAAGGGGCCUGUAUCACAUGGAAAACUGCCGAGGAAAAUCUGGAUGUAGCUUUACAUAACAACUCCUGAAUUGCUAGAAGAGAGACUGCAGAGGGCUCAGACUUAACCCUUCUGUGCAAUUCACUACAUGCACUUCCUGGAGCUGGUGAGAUGGAGGAAGCUUACAAUGAGCUCUACCAGCAGUUUCUUCGCCUGAGGUCACUUUGUCUGAAACAGGCAGCUCUGCUGCAGCAACUCACAACAGCCCUGCAGAAACAGCAAGGUGCAUCUAUUCCUAAUGGAGAAUUAAGUAAUGUGAUGUCCGUUCCUGUUCAGUUUACCCAUGAAAUCCCUACAUAUCUCCUUGAGAAACCUCAAACAUUAACAUCCGUGACACAAAUCCCUGCAGCACAGUGUGGCGCUGAUUACCAUUCAAGAAAUACAAAGAGCUUCCCCGAUCUCCUUGCUGAUGAUAUGACCAAGCUCUGCGUUGAUGUGCCCUCUCAAAGAAAGGAAACUGUUAAGGCGGAGAACAAAUUCCCAUUGUUGUUACCACUGGACUCCUUGGCAUGCCAUGGAGCCUCUUACAAUGAAUCCAGAAAUUCAAAGCAAAAUCAUCCUGCUGGAGACAGAACUCUACGCACAAUCAGGAUGCCUGUGAUGGACUGCUGCACCCUGAUUAAUGACUUCCAAGGUGGAUCUGGUGGGGCGAUGUUGUCGGACGUGGCUCUGCAGUCUCAUAUUUGUGAGUUUUGCCAGGCAGUUUUCCCUGGACACACAACUACAAGAGGAGAGUUCCUACGACAUCUGAACACUCACGUCACCUAGAGUGACUUUUUUAAAAAGCAGCUGUGAUGGAAGCUGUCUGAAGAUGCCCAAGAACUGACCCUGAGGGGGAGAUCAGUCAAAUUUAUAUCGGGUUUGCGUUUUGAUUUUUAUCAGCCUCUUCCUGGAACCUACUAUAAUAAAAGCACCAUGACGUCACUCACUCACCCAUUCAGUCUGUGGACUGUUGAAGCCUCAUUGAGCAUUUUGGCUGUCACCAUCUGGGAUCCCCCAGGUGGGUCUUACUGAAAAACUGAGGACAGUGCACACCAAUGAUACCGACUUACACAAACCCCGCUUCACUGUCUGUUUUACUCUAAAUGAGACCAUAAAUCAUGAAAUGAACAUAAUGUGAGGCAAGUGUUUACCGAAGUCUUAAAUCAAGCAACAUGGCAACAUUUUCUCAAAAACUUCUAUAUAAUCUCUAUUUAUCUGUUCAGAGCAUUCAGUAGAAGCAGUCUGUGCAGUCCAUAGACUUUAUCACUCGCUAUUAAUCAUGGGUACAUUACACCUAAGCUCUCUGUGUUUCUGACAAGACACCAGUAGCGUCUUUUCUUUAGGCUAUGUAGCGUCAAAGUCAAUUUAAGGCAGCUGGUCGUCUUGUAUUCUGUGAUGUUUUAAUGCAGCUAGAAAACACAAACUUUUGCCAAAUAAAAGAAUCCACUGGAUUUUAUUCUAAAUAAAUCUAAGUGUUCAGGGGAAUAGGACCCAGAAAAAAGAUAGAAUAGCCCAUUUUCAAUUAAGGUUUCUCCCAGUCCUAAAAGCUAACCUUUACCAAUAAAUAAAAUAAUAAAUAUAUAAAAUAAUAAAAUCAUGGGUUCACAAAUUCAUGUUUAUCUACUUUUGUUGGUUAUUUAAUUUUUGCAUUGCUGAUGAAGGCACGUAUGGAAAAUAAAACCCUGUGCUGUUCAUGAUCUCAAGUAACGGCUAGAAAAAAAGCAAGUAACUCUCCACAUGGUGUCAUCCUCUUCUAAUCUAAAGCAAACCUGUUUAGAUGGGUGACUAACCAGCUGAUGGUUUAUUGUCUGCUGGUUAUGUGAUGCUAAUUUUACAUAUAUCUGUUCUGGAUGGAAAUGUAUUAUUUUUUCUUAAUUCUUAUUCCUAAAAAUAUGCCACUAUUUUAAACAAUCGUUUUAAGCCUGGAUGUGUAAAUGAUAUCCAUUAAUAAAAAAUGUACUGAUGAUUGA